UGCAAUUACCGAUCAAAGUGCAACAUCUUCAUCGGUGAUUAUCCGAGGCAGCUAGGUUAUGAUAUAUGUUGUGUUUACAUGUUGAAUGUGUAGAUUUGCGUGGUGCAAAUAAAAAGUUAAUGUUGUUUGUAUACGUGUUGUCAAGUGUAUUAACAUUUACUUUUGACCGCGUGUUAAGUGUACCUCGAAGGUGUUUUGUUUGACAAUGUGCACUGUGGGUGAUGAAGAUGUGGGAGAGAAUUCUUACAUGCAGCCGAAGACCAAAUCACCUGUCAGUAACAUCUGUAGAAAAUGUAAUGAAAAUCGUGCAGAGGUAGUUCUUCGAAAGAAACAUCCCUAUUGCAGACUCUGUUUUGUGCAAGCAGCAACUCAUAAAUUCAGAGCAACUCUUGGGAAAUCAAAGAUCAUUAGAGCAGGUGAUAAUGUAAUGAUAGCUUUUUCUGGCAGUGAAGCUUCAGCUGCACUUGUUCAUUUGGUGUCAGUUGGCUUAAAUGAAGGAAAUCACAAACGACUCUGUUUUAAUCCCAUUAUUUUGUAUGUCGAUGAGGGCUGCAUAUUAGGUCUAUCACGGGAUGAACGAAAAAAUAUAUCUGAUGCUAUCAACAGAAGUUUGGACACAUAUAGGUUACCUACAUAUAUGACUUCUUUGGAAGCAUUUUUUAAUACUCAAGAACUGAAUUGCUGUAAACUUGGUACAGAAAUGUCACUUUCUGUUGAGAAUGAAGAAAGACUCCAUAAGUUGUUCAAUCAAGUAAAAAGUUUAACUUCAAAAGAAGAGCUUUUGAAAAUUUUAAGAUUUAAGAUACUCCGUAGAGCAGCAAAGUCUUUGAACUGCUCAAAAAUAUUCGUUGCAGAUACUGCAACAGGAUUAGCCACAACUUUAUUGACCAAUGUGUCGUUGGGGAGAGGUGUUCAUUUACCUCUUGAUGUUGGAUUUUGCGAUGAUACUGAUAACAAUCUGUUAAUACUUCGCCCCAUGCGUGAUUUCAUGAAGAAGGAAAUUAUCUUUUACAAUGUUUUCAACAAAGUCAGUGGAGUUCAUAUACCAUCAAUUGUUACAAAGGUUAGCUCCAACCAGAGCAUUCAGAAGCUAACUGAAAAAUUUGUAAUGGAGCUUCAGCAGGACUAUCCAUCUACUGCAUCUGUAGUGUUUCGUACUGGAGAAAAGCUUAGUAUGCCAAGGGACAUCAAGCUUUCAAAUGAGACGUGUUCCCUCUGUGAGGCACCACUAGAUGACAGAAAUAUGAAAUCAUCUUCUCUUCAAGCUACUGAAUUUUCACGUCUAGCUUCCCAUCUAGGACCUUCAGGAUUCAGUGCUGACAGCAUUAUGAGUGACUCUUAUUCAGUGAAAAACAAUUUCCCAAGUGAAAUAAAAGAAGAAUGUCAGUUAGAAAGUGCCGAUAAAGUGGACUGCAGUUCGUUCACAGAUGGUUGUGAUUGUCAGCAAAAGUGUAGUCCUGACAUGAAAAUAUGUAUUUCUGAUGCUGAAAAAUGCUUUUGCUAUAGCUGUCGAAUUAUUUUGAAAGAACUAGGCUCUGUAGAGGUUCUACCACAAGAAGUCCAAACUAAGAUCCGAAAUCAGCUUAGUUUCAGAAAUAUGAGAAAGGAAAUUGCAGAUUUUUUAUUAUGACACAGAGUUUUAUAUAGCUUUUAUUCAUCUCUGUUAUACUUCUGUGAAUAAAACCAAGGCACAAAGUCAUUUGUCACUUGUGCUGUAUACAGUUAGUGGUGAUGAUGGAUUCUAUCAUUGCUUUCAUAGUUUCUAUAGCAUGCUGUGUUUGCUAACUGAGCUAUAUACUAUUCACAUGGGAAAAUACCUUUAGUGCUAGGAAGGCAGAAGAGAAGCUCCAGUAACUUGAGUAAAUUUGAGAGCGAGGCACAUUUUUGAGUUGGCAAAGUGUUAUUAGCAGUCCAUUCACUGAUUUGCUCAUCAGUUACGAACUGUUUGACAAAGGCAUACUCAUCAUAUAUUUCAAUUUCUGCAAACUGAACACGUGGGACAGUUUUGAUCACUAGAGAAGUUCUUUCAAAUGAUCCCAUAAAUGUAUUUGAUUUACCGUAACCAACUGUAGGAUUCCAAGUUCUGGAAACGUUCUUCAGUCCACGUUUUUUAAGUAGGCUAGAGCAGUUAAGUAGAAAAAUAUUACUGCACUAUGAAAUCUUUUUACCUCUGCUAGAAACAGACUUACUAACAUAAUUAACCACUUUAGUAGAGUGACUGUCUAUACUUCAACAAUUUUCACUGCUUCAUGAAUCGGUGAAGCCUGGCUGUGAACAAAGUAUAACCAUCCUUCAGAAAAGAGGCUCUGAAAGCUUCAAAUGAACAGUGGGCAUUUCUUUUCAAAUUGGAAGUAUGAUUAUGAUGAUUAAACAUUUUAAUGACUGACUCAAUAGCAGGAAGUAGGGCUAACCACCUUUUUUUGGGCAUAACCCAAAUUUAUUGCAAAAUCUGUUUCCACAUAGCUACUCAAGUCCUUCAGAGUUUCAUCUCUCAAAGUGUAUGUUUUUUAAUACAGAAAUAUUUUGGAAAAUACCAUCUAUACACCUACUGGCAAAAUAUCAGUAGCUGCUUGAACAGUACUAUGCAAUAAAGUAGCAGCACACCCAACCCAUAUCAGUCCAUGACCGAGUUGCACUUGUAGUAUGAUAAAAAACAUUGUUCUGAGCUUCUUUUACAGCACCUCAAAAAUUGCAAUUAACAUUAUCUGCACACAGUCCAACAACUUUUUAUCCUAGACCAUUUUUUCUUAAUUUAAAGUUGCAGUAGACACUGCUGCAAAGAUUUUGUUUUAUGUUUGUCAUUUUGUAAGUGGAGUCGUAUAUAACGAUGUUCACUGUGACUUAUUGAGAAACUAAUGGGUGCCUGGGAAGCAGGGACGAAUUUGAAUUUUGCGCCAUUUCGUCAUAUGAGGUAGCCAUGGUUUUUUUCAUGUUUGUUAUCUGCCAUCCUUCUAAUUAGUAGCCUGAUAGCCUUUGUGUGGUGACCAUUGUUGCCUGAUGUUUAUUUUCGUCAUGGAGCAGAUGAUAACUGACCAACGUAUCUAAGUGAAAAAACGUUAUUACAAAAACAAUGAAAGUUCCAUGGCAGCUGUUUGUGAAUUGCUUGUGACACUUGGAUGUAAUGCUGCUGUAACCGAAUCAACAACUUGGAAGUUGAUCCGGAAGUUUGAGACCAUGGGGUCUGUUUCAAAUGUUAAGAAAACAGGAUGACUGCAUUUUGUUCGAACACAAGAAGACAUUGCUGUUGUGUGUGAUAACAUGACCUUAAGCCCCAGGAAAUCUGUUUGCUGACGAACUCAACAAUUGAAUUUAUCACCAAGUUUACUGUAUGAAAUCCUUUCAAAUGAUCUGAAAAUGCAUGCUUACAAUAUUUGACUUACACAAGAGUUGAAGCUUGCAGAUCACGGAAAGAAACAUCAAUUUGCUCAAGGGCCUUGGCUCAACAAGCAGAGAAUGAGAACUUCACAAAAAAAAUAAUUUUCUCAGAUGAGGCACACUUCCAUCUCAGUGGUAACGUCAAUAAGUAGAAGUGCAGAAUUUGGGGAAUCAAAAAUCUGCAAGUGACUGUGGAAGAUGAGAUGCAUCCACAAUGCAUGACUGUGUGCUGUAGGUUCUGGACAGGAGCAGUGAUCGGCCCGUACUUUUUAAUGAUGAGGGAGUUGCCAUCACUGUGAAUAGUGACCAUUACCGAAACUUGCUUUGUGAUUGGUUUUUCUCUCUUAUUGAUGAAAAUGAAGAAUUUUGAUUUCAAUAAUAUGGUGUGACAUGUCACACAUCCUGUGAAACAAUUGCUCUGCUUAAUAAAAAGUUUCCUCAAAGAACUAUCCCUUUGCAACCAGGAAUGGCCUGACAGAUCAUGUGAUAUUACGCCUUGUUACUUUUUUUUGUGGGUUUUUAUGAAAUCAAUAGUGGACGUGAACAAACUGCUAACAAUACACCAAUUGAAGGAUGAAAUUAGAAGAGUUAUUAAUGGCAUCUCAUCAGAUGCUUGUUAAUGUGUCAUUGAGAACUUCAACAAUGAAUGCAUUGCUCAUUGCCGCACAGCCUUGGUGGUCAUAUUGAGAAUAUAAUUUUUCAUACAUAAAUGAGAGUAGUUACUUAAUGUGUUUGUAAAAAAAAUUACAUUUUCAAUAAAUUUUGUAUGUUGUA